UGGGAUUAACAUGAAAAUGUUGCUACACAUUUAUCCGCAGGUCUAGUUCAGUUCCUGAGAGUUUGAAUUCACAGUCUUAAUCUCGUACAUAUAAGACAAACAUUGCAACAUCUACUUUCAUUGUAUUUAGACUUGGACAACAUAAGGACGUUACGUGUUGCCGUUGAUAUCAGCCUGCUUUGACUGUAAAUCCUCUCUCUAAACAGAUUAAAGAUUAAAUGUGACGAUCCUAAAUCCUAAAAAGUGACUUUAGAAAAAGUAAAGCAGCUCUCCAGCGUAAAUCUUUAGUGUAAGUGGUUUAUGAGAGUAUUUAAGGAGGCUGUAUUCAUCAGGAGUAACAGAAAGCUCAGAGCCACGAUGGGAAAACACUUCCACUUGUAUGAGAACAUUUCUAAAGUGGACCCCUUUGAGGGGCCACAGUAUUACCUGGCCCCUAUGUGGGCGUUUUACCUGCAGACCGCAUUUAUGGGUUUCGUUUUUUUCGCUGGAACCCCUCUAAACUUUACCGUUCUCCUCGUCACGGCCAAAUACAAGAAGCUCAGGGUCCCACUCAACUACAUCCUCGUCAACAUCACCGUGGCAGGAUUCAUCUUUGUCACCUUCUCCGUCAGUCAGGUGUUUGUUGCAUCCGCGAGGGGUUACUACUUCCUGGGUUACACCUUGUGUGCGCUGGAGGCUGCGAUGGGAUCUGUAGCAGGACUGGUGACAGCCUGGUCUUUGGCUGUUUUGUCUUUUGAGAGAUAUCUGAUCAUUUGUAAACCUUUUGGAGCCUUUAAGUUCACCAGCAACCACGCUCUUGCUGCUGUCGCCUUCACCUGGUUCAUGGGAAUCGGUUGUUCCAGCCCACCUUUCUUUGGCUGGAGCAGGUACAUCCCUGAAGGUCUUGGCUGCUCCUGUGGACCUGACUGGUAUACUCACAACGUUGAGUACAACUGCACUAGCUACUUAUACUUCUUGAUUGUGACCUGCUUCAUAAUGCCACUCAGCAUCAUCAUCUUCUCCUACUCUCAGUUACUGGGUGCUCUUCGAGCUGUAGCAGCUCAGCAGGCGGAGUCGGAAUCAACUCAGAAGGCAGAGAAGGAAGUCUCAAAGAUGAUAAUCGUCAUGGUGGGAUCCUUCGUUGCAUGUUAUGCUCCCUACGCUAUGACAGGUCUUUGGUUUGCCUUCUCUCCAGACGAAAACAAAGAUUAUCGACUUGUUACCGUCCCUGCAUAUUUUUCCAAAAGCUCGUGUGUCUACAACCCACUCAUCUAUGCCUUCAUGAACAAACAGUUUAAUGCCUGCAUCAUGGAGACAGUUUUUGGAAAACCAAUGGAUGAGUCUUCUGAAGUUUCUUCAAAGACAGAAGUGUCAUCAGUGUCCACAGCUUCCUAAAGUUUACAACAAAAUACAACUGAAGACAUUUCAGCACUUUCAAAAAAGACAUUGAAAUAUCUGUAUGUGAUGAUUACUUAACAAACAACAUGUAAAUAUCAAAAACUGUUCUACUGCAUAUAUUUAUUUUACUGUAGAGCUUUUUUGUUUAGAUAAAUUCAACUCAAGAUUUUAAUAAAAAUCUUACAAAGAGUAUGUU